AUUAUAGGGCAGUACAGACCAUUCUUCUGUGGCAUUCUUCAUAGCCUGAGUGGUGCUCUACCCUAAGCAAGGAAUGCAUAUGGUGGAGGGAGAAGUUCCUUCCUGUUAUAUAAAAGGUAAAGGGACCCCUGACCAUUAGGUCCAGUCGUGGCCGACUCUGGGGUUGUGGUGCUCAUCUCGCUUUAUUGCCCGAGGGAGCCGGCGUACAGCUUCCGGGUCAUGUGGCUAGCAUGACUAAGCCGCUUCUGGCGAACCAGAGCAGCGCACGAAAACACCGUUUACCUUCCCGCUGGUACGUAUUUAUCUACUUGCAUUUUGAUGUGCUUUCGAACUGCUAGGUUGGUAGGAGCAGGGACCGAGCAAUGGGAGCUCACCCCGUUGUGGGGAUUCGAACCACCACCUUCUGAUCUGCAAGUCCUAGGCUCUGUGGUUUAACCCACAGCGCCACCCGCGUUCCUUCCCUGUUAUAUAGCUCAGGUCAAUUCAAUGGGCUGAAUAAAGCAUGAAUAAAGAUUUGUUUUCGUUGGCUGCAUGCAGCAUAAAGAAAACUGCUCUCAAACUCCCUAAAUGCUAAAGUAAGGGUAUUUUCAAUCCUGUUUACCCUGGCCUUUGACAACAGAGAUAUGUAUCUUAUUCCUGUGGUUGUAAUUUGUUUCAAACUGUUUUUAAUAAUGAAUUUUAAAUUGCCAGAGCCCAGCAUGGAAUCUUGUAGUGAAAGGCAGGUAAGAAAUCUAAAUAAUAAUAAUCCUCAGCAUGCUUUAAAAACAUGCUCCAAUUGUGUGUGCAAGUGUGCUUUACCAAGAAGAACAAAUCUUCAAGGGUGAAAUUUUUGUUGUGGGUCACUUAACAUGUGUUAUCUGAAAGUUCUAAGUGCAGAGGAGAACAAGGAAGUGAGCCAAACAGAUGGGCUGUGCUUGAAGUUUGCAGAGCAGGAGCGAGGGAAACGAAAGUAGGAGGCUUUAUCCUUUCUUCCUGCUUUUCUUGCCACUCCAGUGUCCUGCCUUCUUUCCUUUGUUCCAGAUGAGUCAGAUUGUGCAGGCCUCUUUGAGUUCCUGGUAUAUUUAAGAGAAAGUUUUGGAGAUAGUUAGCAAAGAGCUACAGUGCCAGGAAUGUGUUGAUCAGCCUCUGAAGUUGCUUGAACAGAGUGGAGAACAAUCAGGCUGCAAAGAAAUAUAAAGUAAGUAUAAUUAUUAUGGUAGUUAUUUUUUAUGGGCCAGCUUUCAGAACAGAAUUCUUUCAUUCCUUCCAGCCUCCUGCAGGCCCUUCAUUCAUGCCUGAACUCAGUUUCAGUCUUGCAAUUUUUAAAAAAGCAUUGCAUUCUAGUUGGAGCGCAAAAACAAACAAACAAACAAACAAACAAACAAACAAACAAACAAAAACCGGCAUUCAAAGAGGGAUGUUUAGAACGUUGUAGCAAUUUUGGCAGACCUCAAAGCAAACUGAGCUGGAAUAAAAAUAGAAGAGGAAGCAAUACUUUUUCUCUGUAAUGCCACAGAAAAGAAACAAGUAUUUGUUUUGAAAGUUUAGGAAGGUAUGUUCUGUAUAGUCUGGUGUUGCUCAAACUUUCUCCAGUUUGGGCAGCGGUGUUGAUAUACAGUUUGAGCCCACCCUUGCCAGAAAUCAAGGUCUUUUGAUUAAAAACAAGAAAAAGAGCCAGCCCCUUCCCAGGUCCCAAGAAGUAGAUCGUUAAAGAAGAAAAGAGUUUCCCCAAAGGUUAACAUGAAAAUCCUAGCCAGACUGUAAUCUUGCAAUAUUUAUAUUAACCUGUUUCAAGGGUCUUGUUCCCAUGAUCUGUGGUAGUGAAAUCUAGUGUAGUGCAUAAGUCCUCUUAAAAUCAGUGUUUGCUUCUGGAAUGUUUACUGCUGAAUAAAAACAUGCAAAGGCUUCAGCUGAGGAGGUUCCAGAUUUCAGGGUUCAUAGCUGCAGCUCUGGUAUAACCUGGAGAAGUUCAGUCCAGGUUUAAGCAAUUGUUCAGGCUCUCUCCACUUGUUAGAUCCUUCAGUAUUUUGCAGGUGACAAGUGGUAUACAGCAAAGACUCCAUGGCCAUCUUUCCUUCUAUUUUCAGUGUAACAAACUGCUGAAAGCACAUUUCUGCCUGCUGGUGGAGUGUUGCCAGCUUACUAACCAAUCCUUUGCUACUGUGCUUCAGUUGUGGCUUCCUGCAGAUCACAAUCGUGGUUAAACGGUCCCAAGUGCUGGAGGUUUGAAAAACUGGCAGCCCCGCUUGUUAAGAGGAAUUGCACAUUAUUUUGAGGGAGACAUUGGAAAUUUAGGUUUGCACAACUAAAGUGCUAUGUUUGGCCCAGUGCCACAAACCCACUUUUUUAUUUAAUGGACUUCUUCUUCUUCGGGAAGUGAUGGGGGAAUUGCACUGAAAAGUGUGGGUUGAGUGAAUGAUUAGCAGGGAGACAUGUUAACACCCCUCAAGCAAAUCUGUACGAAUGCGCAUUGUUAUAUAACUGCUCCAAUAAGCAAAUCAAGGUGAGGGUUCAGUAUAGACUAGUCAUAGUCUUGCCAGCUUUGGGCAAGCAAAUCAGGAUGAAUGCUGAAUAAGGAAGGUGCUCUGGAGCAGCCUUUAGUUUGCAAAAGCCACUGGCUUCUGAAGCAGGGUUGCUAGUCCUAACCGUUUCCUUUUUAUGGUCAGCUUACUAACAUAGUGGAAGGGUAGUCCUGGGUUGUGGUUGUUUUUUAAAGGCAAAUUAGGGACUGUGAUUUACCAAAGACAAGCACCAGAAAGCAGGAAGUGUGCCUUACAGACUGAUAAGGUACCAAUGAAAAGUAUUGGUAGGUCCCAUCCUACCCUUCCAGUUUACAUAGGAUUUGUUUCAAUUAGCCCCCUACUUCAUUUCUCAGAUUUUCAUACUAGGGUUUCCAAAAUUGUGAUCCACGAGCUUCACUCAGGUGGUUUGCAUUAUAUCUGUGGAUUUGUGGCUGAAGACAGGAGAUAGCACACCCAUCAUGUUAAACGUCCAUGUUGAUUUUUAAUUGUAUUUUAUUGCAUAUUUUAUUUUUAUAUUGUAUAUUUUAUAUUGUAUAUUGAGCAAACUGCUCAAGGGAGAGAACACAUUUCCUUCGUAUGGCCUGACCUUACUCAGCUUUCCUACCUGUCAUCUCACCUGGAGGAAAUGCUUGGGAGGAGACAGAUUUGAGCAUACCAUGGAGAUGGUUGAGAGAGUGGAAACAUUCCUUCCCUCCCAUUUAUAUGUCCAGUAUUCAACUUUCUCCAUAUUGAUCAUUUAAGACACAAAGGAUGGUAAUGUUAGGGUUGUCAGCUGUAGGUUUGAUGAUGUAUCUCAGAAAUAUAAAUUAUUGAGCCUUACUUGCAUUUCUUCAGCCUGUAUUUUAUUUUUUUGAAAAGCAGACAUUAAUGUUAAAUGUGCAUCUUCUUUUUCAGGAAAAUGAAGAAGCCUUUUAUUUUUUGGAUAUGUUUGUCUUUCACCCUCUUGACCAUCUGGGUUCACUGUGAAUCAGUUGGGAGUGUUUGCAAAAUUACAGAUAAUACAGCAGACUGUAGUCAUUUAAAAUUGACUCAGAUUCCCUCUGAUCUCCCAACCAACAUAACAGUUUUGGAUCUUUCCCAUAACCAGCUAAAAACACUUCCACCUGCAAACCUUACAAAGUAUGGACAGCUUGUUUACUUAGAUGUAGGAUUCAACACCAUCUCUAAACUGCACCAAGAACUGUGUUUGAAUUUGCCUUUGUUAAAGGUUUUGAAGCUGGGACAUAAUCAGCUGCAUAAAUUUCCUGACGAUGUUUUUAUUCACUGUGGCAAUCUGAAAGAACUUAAUUUGGGAUUCAAUAUACUGGAAAUAAAAAAUGAGCCUUUCAUCAAUCUGAAGGUAAGAAGCAACUUACACCUGUGAUUUUGCACAUGAACUUGGAUGAUGGCCGAGUCAAAUUCAGAUCAGCAGGGAAGAGGGGUGGGUAAGACAUGUCAGUAAGUAGUUGCCUUACACAGAUCAUGGAUCAAUCUGUCUGGCUAAUAGUUAGCCACUGGAGAGCCAGUGUGGUGUAGUGGUUAAGAGCGGUAGUCUCGUAAUCUGGGUAACUGGGUUCGCGUCUCCGCUCCUCCACAUGCAGCUGCUGGGUGACCUUGGGCCAGUCACACUUCUUUGAAGUCUCUCAGCCCCACUCACCCCACAGAGUGUUUGUUGUGGGGGAGGAAGGGAAAGGAGAAUGUUAGCCGCUUUGAGACUCCUGAAGGGGAGUGAAAGGCGGGAUAUCAAAUCCAAACUCUUCUUCUUCUUCUUCUUCUUAGUUAUUUCUUACUUAUCCAAUUUAUCAAGUAGAGAUAUUUUCCAGAUGGGCCUGAGAUCCUUUAUUCAAAGAUUCAACCUAAAGCUGAGUACACAAUGAAAUAAAUGCUCUAAUAUAUGCCUCCUCCUCCUCAUUAGAUCCUAUAAGGGACACGGGUGGUGCUGUGGUCUAAACCACUGAGUCUCUUGAGCUUGCUGAUGAGAAGGUCGGCGGUUCAAAUCCAUGUGAUGGGGUGAGCUCCCAUUGCUCUGUCCCAGCUUCUGCCAACCUAGCAGUUUGAAAGCAUACCAGUGCAAGUAGAUAAAUAGGUACCACUGCGGGGGGGAAGGUAAUUGGCAUUUCUGUGUGCUCUGGUUUCCCUCAUGGUGCCCUGUCCAUGACCCGGAAAGCUGUCUGUGGACAAAUGACGGCUUCCUCAGCCUGAAGCGAGAUGAGUGCCACACCCCAUUAUCGCAUUUGACUGGACUUAACUGUCCAGGGGUCCUUUACCUUUUACCUUUAUAUACAUUUGUGUCAUAUUCAACCAACUGUACAUUUCUUCCUACUCUCUGUUCCCUAGUUUUAAGUCAAUCCUGUGAUCCAUAAAUAUGUAAGGGGGCUACUUGUUAAUGUCAAUACUUCUGUGCAGGAGUGAAUAAGAAGCUUGAAAGUUUAUGAUCUUGUGUAAUAAAUGUACAUGUACAUAUUCUGGAAAACUGUGGUUGGCUACGGCUUCCUAGCAUAUCCACUGCAAGUACAUGCAACAGAUUCCAUGUGCAUCACAUAUUAGUAAUUCUGAUAUACUUUAGUUACAGAUUAAUUUCUACAGAUUGCAUCCUUGGAGAGUUGUAUCUUGACACCUCAACUGAUGCCAGAUUGAAGAGAGGAAAUCUUUCUCCUGCUGCACACGAACUUUGCCACAAGCGUUAAUUAAGCUGGAGUUCCCCAUUACAUUCAAACUGAAGAACUUGGGUGUCAGUUAAUAAACCAGGAUAAAAAAGCAGGGUGAGAUGAUGGAAGGACCAUGCAGCCAUGGUGCUCAUCCAUGGCCUCAUUCAUUACCCCUGGUUACAGAUGUACGGUCAUGGGCUAUUGCUAUUCAGCAGCAUAGGAAAGUAUUUUGACUGUGCUUUUAAAGAAGCUUCAUUUAUUGUCCAGGUUCAAGGACGAGCCACUGGACCUUAAAACAUCCAGAUUGAAAGGUUUGGUGAGCUAUGGUUUAAAUUAAAUCAUAGAAUCAUAUAGUUGGAAGGGACCCUGAGGAUUAUCUAGUCCAGCCCCCCGCAAUGCAGGAAUAUGCAACUAUCCCUUACGGGAUUGAACCUGCAACUUUGGCAUAUUAUCAGCACCACACUCUAUCCAGCUGAAAUCCUAGAAUUAAAUUCACUCAAAAUACAUACAAACUUCUAGGACCUGUCUACCUAGCACAUUUGAAUUAGUUUCACCUUUCAUGACUUCUCCUGAGGAAUCUUGAACUUGUCAUUUGUGAAUACAAAUGUAAAUUCUUUGCACACACAGAGAAAAAGAGAAAAUUAAGCACAAUCCCCAUGUAUCCUGUGCAGAAAGAAAGUUUGAAAGCUAUCGUAUUGAAAUAGAUUUAGUGGAUAAAGAUAUCAUCCAUCCUUUCCCAUGAUAGAAUUAUUAUAUUUUAUUUCAUGACACCUAAGGAUUACAAGCUUAAAAGGGUGAUAGCGCUAACUGAUAAAACUUGAUGCAAUCUGAAACAGCGUUUCAAACAUGCUGUAGUCAUUGUUUGACAUGUUCUAACCAGACAGUGUAAAACUGAGUUUAAAAGAUAUGCAAUCAGUUGUGAGAUGAAGGAAAAGACAUAACUUUCUCCUCCUUUGUCUUCCUCAGAAAUUGAGUUUGCUCGAUGUCUCUCACAAUCAUUUAAGUACUCCCAGACUAGGCUCCCAGCAACAGCUGGAAAGUCUUCAGGAACUUGUGAUGUCUCAGAAUAAAAUUACUGAAUUGAGGAAAGAAGACCUAGGCUUUCUUAGAAACUCUUCGUUAAAAAAACUGGACUUGUCAUCUAACCCCCCAAUGGAGGUAAAUGUUAUACAGAUGGGCUUAUUGUAUUGAUGUUAGUUGUACAGAUGUUAACUGUAUUGAGUUAGGAUAACCUUAGCAGGCCAUAAUACAGGUUUGUGUUAUUUUAAAUGAAUUUGAUAAAUGAGUAGUUGUUUAAAUUCCUUAUAGGUAAAAAUACUAAUAUAUUUGCUGUUUUCUUUAUAUGAUUGGCAGCUUAAAGAAUUUUGAUUAGCAUGUCCUGUUGCAUAAGAGGGAACACAGCUUGCAUAGAGUUGAAACUAAAUACAGUGGUACCUCGGGUUAAGUACUUAAUUCGUUCUGGAGGUCUGUUCUUAACCUGAAACUGUUCUUAACGUGAAGCACCACUUUAGCUAAUAGGGCCUCCUGUUGCCGCUGGAACACGAUUUCUGUUCUCAUCCUGAAGCAAAGUUCUUAACCCGAGGUACUAUUUCUGGGUUAGCGGAGUCUGUAACCUGAAGCGUAUGUAACCCGAGGUACCACUGUAUGAACAAGUUGAAGAUAAGCAAUGAAUUAGAAUUACUAUGAUUUUUUGGACAAUGUCUGGAAAGAGCCUCCCAGUUUUCUCUUUCAUUUUCCUUGUGGCCAUGGUGGCUGGACUGUUUUCAUCCAGCCCACAAUGAUUCAGCUGUUGCUACUGCAAGAACAAGAGAGAAGACUGGAAGACAGUUAGCUCAGAGGCCCAACCACAGGCCACAAUGGCUAGAAUAUCUUUCCAGAAGAACACCUGUGGUUGUGGUCUUGUGCAUGUGCCUGCCAACCUGCUUGUCUCUCUUCAUCUGAGGGCUGGGUUCCUGCAGGCUGGAUGUGAUAUGGGAAGAAAGAAAGGGGCCCCCAGGGUGGCAUGGUGCCUGUAAACUGUGCACCCUUACAGAAAGGCCCAAUGGGAACAAUGCUACAUUAUGACAAAUACUGUUUUUCCCCAACAAAAUUCUGCCAUUAAUCAGUCACACACAUCCCGAAACAGAAUAAGCUGAAUAUUUCAGUCCAGGGCUAAUUUAAUGCAGCCACUGUUUUUGUAACCCCAUUGUUUUGUAUCUUUCUAGUUUCAUCCAGGAUGUUUCCAUGCUAUUGGUAAUCUCUAUGGUCUUCUCCUUGACAAUGUUCCAUUGGGACCUGAUCGCACAAAGAAUCUUAGUUCCGAAUUAUCAGGAACAAGAAUUCAGAAUCUUUCACUGAGCCAUGUGCAGCUUUCACAGAUUUCCAACUCAACUUUCAGUGGAAUGAAAGAAACAAACCUCACAAUUUUAGACCUAUCUAAAAAUGAAUUGUCUCACAUUGAAAAUGGUUCUUUUGUCUAUUUUGAAAAUUUAAAGAGUUUGAAUCUAAUGAAUAAUAAUAUUAGAUAUAUAUAUUCUCAUUCCCUCUAUGGGUUGCACAAUGUAAAUUAUCUGAAUUUGGAAAACUCUAAUAUAAGAAAAAUUAAUGAUUCUGCUUUCCAGUGGUUAAAACAUUUAGAGUGCCUUAUUAUGGAUGGCAAUAAACUUCUGGAAAUUACCCCUAAUACAUUUAAAGGUUUAGAAAAUUUGAAAAACUUGAGUUUAAGCGAGUGCAAUCUGACUGUAGUAACAGAGAAAACCUUUUCAUCUCUUGCUAAUUCUUCAUUGCAGUUUCUCAACCUAACAAAAUGUGGAAUCACUUAUAUGAAGGCUGGGGCCUUUUCUUGGUUGGGACAAUUAACAUCUCUGGAUUUAGGUUUAAAUAAUAUUAAGCAGGACCUCACUGGCCAUGAAUUUCAAGGUCUCAGUAAUAUUGAGACUCUCUAUCUUUCUUACAAUAGUCAUCUGAAUUUGACAAGUGAAUCAUUCACUUUCACUCCAACCCUUAGAAAGCUGAGACUCAGAAAGGUUGGUUGCAGUAAUCUUGCCAUCUCUCCCUCACCAUUCCGUAAGUUAAGCAAUUUGACUAUCCUAGAUCUUGGUAACAACAACAUAGCUAAUAUGAGAGAGGAGAUAUUUGAUGGACUCCACCAGCUUGAAAUUCUGGAUUUGCAGCAUAAUAAUCUGGAUCGACUGUGGAAGCAUGCCAACCCAGAUGGCCCUGUUCUGUUCUUAAAAGGUCUUAGAAACCUGCGUUUACUUGAUUUAGAAUCCAAUGGCUUUGAUGAGAUUCCAGGAAAGGCUUUCAGUGGCUUAUCUCAAUUAAGAAGCUUGAAUUUCGGAAAAAAUAACUUUAAUUUGUUUCCAAAGUUUGUCUUCGAUGAACUGGCAUCUCUGAGCUCACUCUCCCUAGAGAAGAACCUUAUCACGGCUGUUGACGAAAAAGUGUUUGGGCGAAUUUUCACAAAUCUGAAGGAAAUAAAUAUGGAGGGCAAUCCUUUUGACUGCACUUGUGACAGUAUAGCUUGGUUUGUUAAUUGGCUCAAUGGAAGCAUAACAUAUAUCCAAGGAUUAAAUAAUUAUAUCUGCAACACCCCUUCUAAAUAUCAUGCUAACAGGAUUACACAAUUUGAUACCUCACCAUGUGAUAGUGCACCCUUUAAAUUGGUCUACAUUGUGAGCACUUCUUUGGUACUGCUCCUCAUCUUUGUAGUCCUACUCGUCCACUUUGAAGGGUGGAGAAUCAAAUUUCUCUGGAGUGUGACCGUAAACAGAGUCUUUGGCCACAGGGAAUUAGACAGGCCACUGCUACAGUUUGAUUAUGAUGCCUAUAUCAUUCAUGCCAAAAAAGACAUGAACUGGGUAUCCAAAAACUUUAUUCCUCUUGAAGAAAACAGUCAACCAGAAAUUAGGUUUUGCUUGGAAGAACGAGAUUUUGAAGCUGGAAUAUCUGAAUUCGAAGCAAUCAUCGACAGUAUAAAAAGGAGCAGGAAAAUUAUAUUUGUUGUAACUGAACAUCUCUUAAAAGAUCCAUGGUGCAAAAGGUAAGCUAAACCUAUUUUAAUAACUGACAUACCAUUUAUUUGUUGUUGCUUUUAGAGCAUGUCUUCACUACCAUCUUAAACUAGCUUCAAACCUUUAAAUUGGUGUGGUUCUCAGUCAAAGAAUCUUUGGGGCUGUCUCUUUGGGGGAAACGAGGAAUGCAGUGUCAGUUUCCUGCCACAGUUUCUGGGACUUUUAGCUUCUGUCCCAGUCCCCAGGUGGAAAAGAUGUUCUGUAAGGGCCCUAAGAGGCUGGGAAAGGAGAAGAUAGUGGUGGAAGUCUUAUAAGGUGGUGCAAAUCUUACAAGGUCUUUGAGCUUUUGGGAAAUUUUAUUAGGACACUCACAAAGGCUUGGCCCCUUCUGGGCUGUACUUUUGCAUGCACACUUGUACAGGAAAAAAUGAAUUAUAAAAUUGGAAAUAAAUGGUUAAAUUGUUGCAAACUCAAAACUGGAAGCACAGUGAUUCAAAUGAUUUGAAUUGUAUUUUCUUAGUGUCUCAAAUGCCUUAAAUCCAUUCUUCCUUUUGUGAGCAGGAAUAGGUGAUAAUAUCUUGCACUGUACCAAGUCUCUUUGCAGGCAAUCCAUAUGUUGCACUCAGAUUGUCAGGACUCGAGAACUGGGAACCAUCCCUGAGGAUAAUAACUAUUUGCUCUUGCAACUAGGGUUUGAGAGGUCACAAGCUGGGGGUCGGGGACGGGACAACUCUCAUAUAUUUAGGGAAGGUUGCAAACAGAGGUGGUAGUGUUCAUGGAUUUAGAGUAAGGGCAAUGCUUCUGGCAUUCAGUCCAAAUUAUUUGGUCUUGUCACAUAGGCAAAACGUAUUAGCUACAGGGCAUCAUAACAUUUGCAUGGUUGUUGCAAGAUCCUUCCUUGACUGGCUGUGGCAUGAAGAAGCUGUGACUUAAAACAAAUGUGGCUUCAAAGAAGUUGCAGGUUGUUCCUAAGCUGUCUUUGACUUCUCUUUCAUAAUUGCUUGCAUGCGGUUCAUGGCAGAAUCUCAACACUUCUGGAAACAGUUUUCAUGGAAAAAAUGAUCACUGUCUCUCGGCCUAACCUCUACUUCACAGGGUUGCAAUGGGGUAGAACCAUGGGCACCAUAAGUAGAGUGCAAUUAUAAUCACAACCUCAGCUAAAAACAAGACCACCUGAAUACCCUAUUCUGUGAACAUUGAUUGUUUUUGUUAGUAUUUUACCAUUGACUCAGAGUCAUUACAUCGUAAGAGAAAAUGACCAAUUGCAUACAUUUGUAAGUGAAAUAUUGUCAUGUCCCAAAUUAGCUCUCAUCCCCUUUGUCUUCUGUCCAGGUUCAAAGUGUAUCAUGCCAUACAGCAAGCCAUUGAACAAAGUCGGGAUUCCAUCAUUCUAGUUUUUCGGCAUGACAUUCCUGAUUACAAAUUGAAAAACGCACUCUGCUUACGAAGAGCAAUGUUCAAAUCUCGCUGCAUCUUGGAGUGGCCAGUACAGAAAGAUCGUCAUGGUGCAUUUUACCAGCAGUUAAAAUUGGCACUUAAAACUAGUAGCAGGGUACUAUGACAUUUUAAAAAGGAUUGCAGUAAAUUAUUUUGUAUGCUUGAAUUAGCGGUCAAAAUGCUACCCAAAAUAUAUACUAUGAAUGCAGGAAAAAUAUAAGUUGUUACCUAAUGAAUGUAGAACUUUCCAAAGUGUUCUAGAGGAUAGAGAUAGUAGCCUCAACAUCCCUUCUCACCACCCCAUAGGAGGAGACAGAGACUUGAAAGGGGAAAUCAUUUACCCAGCCAGAUGAGAGCUCUGUUUAACACCCUCUGCUGUGUCUUCUUCCCACAGAAGAAAAGUUGUUCUACAGCAGGCAGUCUUGAUACCUCUUGCUGGAAAAUACAGGGCUUGGAGGCAGAAAAUGUAGAUAAGGCUUGAUGCCUAGGGUAGAUAAUGGUAUGACAGUUAAAUAAUAUAUGGUGGAUUGGCUGUCUCUUGUGAUAGUUAAUAGGCAUAUAGAGUUAACAGGUUUAUAAUAAUGUAUCUGUAUUGUUUUAAAAAAGUUGUUUGUUUAAAAAAAUGUUAUGUAGUUUUUCAUUCAGAGUUUUCAGUGCUGACUCACCUCAUUUCUUCUCCUUAUCCCUUCCCCUCCCUAUUUUACUCAGAACAGAGCUGAAAUUAAUGGAUCCAACCUCAUGUUCAUUGGUUUCAGUGGGUCUACUCUGUGUGAAACUUAGUUGUUUAUUGUUUAUAUUCUCUGGGAAACAGGCAUGAGUACUCUACAUUUUGAUUCAUGCUUGCUCUAGCAGAUCACCUGGAAUAGACAAAAGGUGUGAGUGAUCAGCUCACUCAACAGAGGAGAGAUUUAUGACUGUACAGGUUAUCAAAGUGUCCGUGUGUGUGUGUAGGACUAAGGGGAUUCCUUCUGAAUCUCUUUGGCUUUGGCACAUACAAAAUAGUGCAACCAAAAAGAAAGAGAUAAGUUCAAUUACUUUAUCACUAUGGUCCCUUAGUAAAUCCAGUGUAAACAAAUUUGGGGAAAACAAGCAUUACCACACAGGGUCUCUUAUUUUGUUAGUAAAGAAACACAUUUUUGUAUAUUCAUUUCAAUAUAUUUUGUAUAUUUUUGUAUAUUUCUUUCGGUAUUAGAAGCCACAAUUUUGGGAGCAUCUAUGGACUCUCAUUAGGACAGCGUCAAGUCUAUAUAUUUUCACAAUAUUUUUCUCAUUUCUGUUCAGAUUCAGCGUUAAAUAUAUGCUAAUCAAGAAGACCUGUUUAUGACCUGAUUAAGAAAAUACAUAUUUCAAACCAUACAGUAACUACAUGAACAUAUAUUAAAAAUAUAGAAUGUUUUAUACUUACUUGAAUAAACCUCCCCCAGCUUUGGUACAUAGUGACAGGUUGUAAAUAUUCUAUUUGAAUAAACUUGAUUUUUUAAAAUAUGCAGUUUAGGUAAUUAAAUUGUUAUGAAAUUUAGGGGAAAGGGCAAAUUUUAAAGAAACAAUAAUAGUUUUUGUAUAUGUAAAAAUUGUGUCUGAAGGGACGCUUUCAGAAGAUCUAAAGUUGAAAAUAAAGGAUCCUGUUUACAGAU